UUAUUUUUAAUAAAAAACUUUAUCGAAAAAUAUGGCGUCAGUGAAUGAAGAAGAAAACGUUACGCAUGAAAGUGGUAAGUUUAUUCGUAAAAAACUAAUUGUUAAAAUCGAAAAACACAGUAUUAAUUCAGGUAGACGCACGAGGUCUGGAAGGAAGGUUAUCCCUCCCAGUCCUGUUACACCAGUAACAAAACCCAGAAGACGAACCACAAGGAAGAACACGCAAGAACAAGUCGUUGAACCAGUUCCCGAGAUUAUAGAAGAAGAAGAAGCAAGUUCUUAUUCGGAACAAUCAGAUAUAAUCAAAGAAAUGCUUGCCGAAGCUGCCCAAGGGGUAAUUGGAGAUGAAUCGUCUCGAUCACAACCCAUGAAGUCGAUAGGAGAAGAAGAAGACGGUAGUGAAGUAAUUCACAUGAUUGAAGAAGAUGGAGAAGAUGUAACUGAAAUUGUUGAAGAGGAAAUAGUCCAAGAAGAAAUGUUACAUAGCGAUUUGAUUGAAGAAAUUCCUGAAGAUGAACUAAUCCAGGAAGAUCUCCAAACAGACUUUAUCGAAGAAGAAGUUGCUACCGAGGAGGUGGACCAAGGAAGUCCACUUCAACAGAAUGAUGAUCAAGUUGGUCAGGAAAUCAUGACAGACAUUGUCGAUGAAGAGCUUCUGACGGAAACAGUUUCAGAAAAUGAAAUGGACAUGGACCAAUACACGGCUCAAGAUGGUGAAGAUGUCAAUGACACAGCUGCCGCUGAUGCUGGUGGCAAUAAUGUAAAUAAUGUAGACGAUGAGAAGAGUUCAUCAUUUCCAUUUGGCAAUGCUGCCCAAAAUGAAAACUCUGAAAAUGGACCAAAUGAAGUUGCGGCUGGUGAAUCUGAGGAAACCAACACAAAUGAAUGUGUUGAAAGUUCUCUAUUGGCCAGUUUAGCUGGUGAUAAUGCUAAUAGUCUGCCAUCGGUUGGCGAGGAAGAAGGAGAAAAUAAGAGUUUUGUUGAGAAGAUUGUUGUACCCACGCCAGCUCAGAUUGAUGAUGAGGAUAGUAUAUCGGAGCCAGCCAUAGCUGAGGAUAAUACACAAAAUAAUAGCAGUGAUGCAACUUUAAUAAAUACCGAAAUGGUAUCGGAAGAUGAGCUUCCAAUGCCAACAAAGCCGGAGGUUAAUGAUGCCGAAGAGGUGUCUGAUGAGGAGCUGCCAGCUCCACAGAGAGCUGAACUGCCUGCUGAUACAGAGGUGGUGUCGGAAGAUGAAUUGCCAGCUAAUGGAAGUAUUAUAAAGAAGGCAGAUUCGCCGCCGGCCAAUAAGAGGAAGGCAAAUGAAGAUAAAUCAGGAGAGGAAUAUAAUCCUGGAAGUCCAACUGGAGAGAGUAAUGAUGGGCCAGUUGAGAAGAAAGUGAAAGUUGAUGGUGAGGGUGAAGAACCAAAGGAAAAGAAGAAAGAAAAAGAAAAAAAGAAACUUCCAGAUCUUGAAAAGUAUUGGAAAGUUGUUAAAGAUGAUGCAGCUGAUUUUACUGGAUGGACAUAUUUAUUGCAGUAUGUCGAUCAAGAGACUGAUGUUGAAGCUGCCCGAGAAGCUUACGAUGCGUUUCUAUCCCAUUAUCCUUACUGCUAUGGCUACUGGCGAAAGUAUGCCGAUUAUGAGAAACGCAAGGGAAUCAAAGCCAAUUGUAACGAGGUGUUCGAACGUGGCCUUAAAGCGAUACCAUUGUCUGUCGAUCUAUGGAUUCAUUAUUUGACCCAUGUCAAAGCUAAUCAAGGUGACAACACCGAAUUCAUUCGAUCACAAUUUGAACGAGCAAUAGCCGCCUGUGGAUUGGAAUUUAGAUCGGACAAACUUUGGGAUGCUUACAUUAAAUGGGAAACCGAAGGAAAACGCUUCCAGAAUGUUACAAAAAUAUAUGACCGACUCUUGGCCAUUCCCACACAAGGUUACAAUGGACAUUUUGGAAAUUUCCAAGAUCUCAUUAACAAUCAUCCGGCUACUGCUACAAUAAGUGUAGAAGAAUUCAAGAAACUUCGGGCUGAAGUACGCGAAGCUCUGAAGGCCUCAAAAGAAAAUAGCAAACAACAACAUAUUGACAAUGAAAUACCCGGCGAAGGCCCACAAGAUAAUGAACCCGAAGAAUUGGCCGAUGAACCGGACGAUCAUGUGCGUACGGCUGAAGAAAUGGCCGCUAUCAAAGACAAAAUCAUAACGAUUCGAAGAAAACUCCACAAGGCCACAGUUUCAGCUGUGACAGCUCGUUGGACAUUCGAAGAAGGCAUCAAACGACCCUAUUUCCAUGUUAAACCCCUCGAGAGAUGCCAGUUGAAGAACUGGAAAGACUAUCUCGAUUUCGAGAUUGAAAAAGGUGACCGUAAGAGGAUAUUGAUUCUAUUUGAACGUUGCCUAAUCGCCUGCGCACUAUAUGAUGAGUUUUGGCUCAAACUCAUUCGCUAUUUGGAGGGACAAUCUGAUCCAGAAUUGAUUCCGGUUACGAGAGAUGCCUAUCACCGUGCCUGUACAAUUCAUCAUACGGACAAGCCAAGUUUGCAUCUAAUGUGGGCGGCUUUCGAAGAGUGCCAGAAUGAUUUUGAAAAAGCAGCACAAAUCCUCAUAGAUUUAGAGAAAAUAUGUCCGAAUCUUUUGCAAAUAGCAUAUCGGCGAAUAAAUGUCGAAAGACGACGUGGAGACUUUGAAAAAUGCAAAGAACUCUACGAACAUUACAUUGAAACGGCAAAAAAUAAGAAUAUUGCGGGUAGCUUGGCAAUCAAAUAUGCUAGAUUCUGCAACAAGAUAUGUGAGGAUUUGGAUGGCGCUAUUAAAGUGUUACAAAAAGCAUUAGAAAAAGAUCCAGCCAAUACGAGGGUGGCUCUUCAGAUGAUUGAUAUUGCAUUGCAAAGACCGAAAGUUGAUGAGAAUGAGGUCGUUGCGAUUAUGGAUAAGUUUAUGGCUCGGGAGAAUGUAGAGCUGGAACAAAGAGUGCUUUUUGCUCAGCGAAAAGUGGAGUUUUUGGAGGACUUUGGCAGUAAGGCAAGUGGUCUUCUAGAUGCACAAAGAGCCUUGCAAGUAGCACUUAACAAAGUUAACGAAGCUAAGAAAAAGAGUGAAAAUAGUCCAAAUAAGAAAUCAUCAUCUAGUAGUAGUAAAGACACUGGUGCCGCUUCGAACCAAGCUCAAGCAACCACCGCUUACAGUAACAGCACUAAUAGCUCAGCGGGAUAUAAUUAUGGAUCAGGUACAAACUCUAGCUACUAUGGCCAAAGUGGCCAAGCUUCUUAUCCACAACAGCAGCAGUACGAUGGCUAUUACAAUCACUGGCAGUAUGGCUCUGGUUACAGUGGAUAUGGUCAAUGGAGUGGUUAUGGUAACUACUAUUAGGAUCGGAAGAUAGUAUAUAAAUCUGUUUUAAAAUAUUAUUCUCCUCUUUUGUUUAACUUUUAUCUAUACACGCUAUCGUUUAUAUAUUUUUAUGUUUCUGUUGACACUUUUUUGAUUUACUUAAAAUUUAAAAAAAAAAUACAAUUGAGUUUAAAAUUACACGAGAUUGACGACAGGUUUUUUUUAUAUUUUAUUUUGGGAAAUGAAUCUAUAUAAAUGUAAUGAUAAUCGAUUUGAUUUUGUAUAAAAAAAAAAGAAAAUAUACUAUCACUAUAGUUUAUACACAAAAUAAUUUAAAAAUAGAUUUUAACGAAAUUAUAAUGAAAUUGUCUUAAGCAAAAAUAAUAAUAAUAAAUUAAACUCUCUCAAGGUCAGCCUUAAGAAUUUUCGCGUGAAAUUGAAUACACAAGAGCAAGGAUAAUUAUUUGUAUUUACAAUUUAAUUAUUAGUUUUAUUAAAUAAAUAAAAAAAAAAAAAAUGAACAAU